AUGGAUCACGGAGGGAGGACGCGUUCACCGCAGGGCCGCAAGCCCUUGACAGACGCCACCGCCAGAGUCAACCAUGGCCCGAUCGUUGCAACACCACGAGUCGACUGCACCACCGUGAAUGGCGAGCAAUUGAAGUCCAUUGAAGUGGGCUCGCCACGCAUCACAUCAAAUUCUCCAGCGGUCGUCCUCGAUACGGCGCGCCUAUCAGUCGCUACCGAAUCCACAGGGGCUUCCAACAGAAAUUCAGCUAUCUCAACCACAUCGACUGCUUCUGGAAAAGGCAAACGAAAGACGCACGUGGGGCCAUGGCAGCUUGGAAGAACCCUGGGGAAAGGUGCCACUGGUCGUGUGAGACUGGCUAAGCAUGCCAUGACCGGCCAAGCCGCCGCAAUCAAAAUUGUGUCGAAAAAAUCAGCGGCAAUGGUGCAAAGCGAGAGUAUAGCAGCAAUGGAUCGAAAUGCUGGCCUUUUAGGUACCAACCAGGCAACUCGACCAAUGCCCUUUGGAAUCGAACGAGAAGUCGUUAUUAUGAAACUGAUUGAGCACCCGAACGUGAUCAAUCUCUACGACAUUUGGGAAAAUCGCGGUGAAUUGUACCUAGUCCUGGAAUAUGUCGAAGGUGGAGAGCUGUUCGACUAUGUCUCUACCCACGGCCCUCUCCCCGAAGAAGAGGCUGUUCGACUAUUUCGACAAAUAAUUUCAGGUCUUGCGUACUGCCAUCGAUUCAAUAUUUGCCACCGCGACUUGAAGCCGGAGAACAUCUUGUUGGAUUCUUAUCAUAAUAUCAAGCUGGCUGAUUUUGGCAUGGCCGCUCUACAACCUGCGGGACAUUGGCUUAACACUUCAUGUGGAAGCCCGCAUUAUGCCGCACCAGAAAUCAUCUAUGGACGGAGGUAUCGUGGUGAUAAGGCGGAUAUUUGGAGCUGUGGUAUCAUUUUGUUUGCCUUGUUGACUGGCUUCUUGCCAUUCGAUGGAGGCGAUCUAUCCAACACAUUGCGCUUGGUUAAAAAAGGAGACUAUCAUAUUCCUCCAUGGCUCUCUGUUGAAGCUGCCGACUUGGUGCAGAGAAUUCUACAAAAGCGGCCAGAGGAUCGUAUCAGCAUACAAAACAUUUGGAACCACCCUCUCCUCAAGAAGUACGAAACCCUCCACCAAGCCAUGUCCCAGCACCAGCUGGGCCCUCCACCACCUCUCUCUGCAAAGGACUGCGGGCCGUCUGUUUCCUCACGUCCAGAUAUAGAUACAGAGUUGUUGCGAAGUUUGCAAACUCUGUGGCAUAGCGCCAAUUUAGAGACUUUGGUUGAACGGCUUCUUUCUCAAGACCCAAAUCAUGAGAAAAUGUUUUACAAUGCUUUGAUCAAGUUCCGGGAUGAACAGCUCGAGAAUUACCACGGACAGCCUCUCGAAUACUCGGCUAGCGACUAUCAUCAUAUAUCACGUCCACCUGCGGCAAUCAGAGCAGUAGCAAAACAUUCAAAAAACGGAAGACUUCAGGGCCAUGCACGUCGUCGGUCACAAUUCUCUAUACUUGCCGAAGUCAAGGAGCCAAAGUCUUCUGGUAGCUAUGAUCCUUUUAGGGCUUCUAGAACACCAGUUACAAAUGCGAAUCCAACUACGCAAUAUACGAGCGUCACUGUUCAUAGAAAUCAAAACGCCACCGAUUCCCCGGAGGAUCUAAAUGCUGCGUCAAAUGACGACACGCCGCCUUCAUCUCCUCCCAAGGUCAGUGUUCCUCCAAGUUCGUCAGUGGAAAUUAUCCAGUGGAAGCGAACAAAAAAAUCGCAACGGUCUUUCCAAUCCAAGAGUUCACUUGCUACUUCACGCAACGGAUGUAGCCCUGCGCCUACACAUCAUAUUGUAUCGGGCUACAAGCGCAAUGUAUCUUUUCGUCACAUCCGAAACAAAUCUGGCGGUGGCUCUUCUGUUAAAACAGCAAACGAAAGGACAAAGUCUCAAAAUUCUAUCAUGGCUAUCGUUGCCAACAACGAAAGCUGUAAAUUUUCGGUCCACAGUGGGCUGGCUCCCUCCAGAUAUAGCAGCCCGGCGCUCCCGACACCACCGGCCGUUGUGCGUACAUCUUCCGCUGUUGAUGACCCAGGCUCUGACCUGGGGGUGCUUAAGCUUAGAGACAACUUUUGGAAAGAGGAGACGCGGAAAGUGUCGUAUGAACUCAGCCAAAUAUGUGAAGAAGCCUUCAACCGGUCUUCCGUAUCGACUGGACACACAGCUGUCAGUACCGAGACGACGUCGACGUCUAUGUCAAUUCACGAAGACGUAGAGAGAGCAAGGGAAUUGGUCAACAAUGAAGUUCCGGAUAAAGUUUCUAGCUUGCCUACUUCGUAUACAGUGAAGGAGCUUACUGAGACCCGCCGCAAGCUGUUGGAGCAUUCUAGCAAAGCCGAAGCUGCAGGCCUCCCGGACUACUUGAGCGAAAUUAUAGCACAUAUAGACAGGCUUAUCGAACAAGACAUUGCCCGAAACAAAGGGAAGCCUGAUCCCUUCGGCAACGAUACAUCUACUUCAUACCGACGCACAGUAUCCGAUCCUAUUGUGAAACCGGCCGUGGAGACGGGAUAUUUGCCUUCGAUCUCCGAGGAGAUUUUUACGCAGUUGGAAUCAUCUAGUGGCUAUGACUUGCAACGGAUGAACCAUCUUCCCACCCCAGAGCCGUCACCUCGUCUGUCUCCAAAGGUGGACCGAAAAUCGACUAUUCGGGUCGUCCCGCACGAUUCAUCUCUUCCUUCUAUCGAUGAGAUCAAACCCUUGACAAUUAGAAAGAGGAACGAUCCUGCUCGUCCUGUGAUACCCACUGUCUCACGCCACAGUUCGGCUGAUUCUAUUUCUUCAACCCGACACGCAGCUGCGGGACAGCGCACAAGUAGUGAUUCUGUUGCGGCCAGUAUGCGCUACAACUCGCGAUAUCCCAUGAAGUUGGAAACCAUAGCUGAAAAUCCCGCUCCACCUCGACGCACUGAUGUCAAGGUGCCAAGUGGGGAAAAGAAGUGGUCGUGGUUUGGAAAACAAAAGUCUCCGGUGCAUGAGGAGACUCCUAACCCUGGCCCGAAAGAGCCCGCUCUGCCAGCGACCAAGUCAGCCCCUGUGACAACGGCGAACAAGACAGAAACACCAGCUACACCAGUAGAAGAAUCUGGACCGAGUCGAAAAACAUCUGGAGAAAGGUCUCGUGCUGGCUUCUUGAAGAUUUUCGGCAAGAAGAAGACGGACAAGGCUGACAACGAAGCCCCUAAAGCUCGGGAAGAUGACAAUAGACUGAGAUUAGUUGAAUCGAGAGAUUCGGCAGUCAGCCAUGUACCAGUCCCACAUACGAAGGGUCGAAACCGACGAGCUUCUGGUGUCAACCAGAACUGGUUCGCUCGGUUCUUCCAUGUCAAACCUGCUACGCGAGCUGUAGCCUUUAGCAUACCCAAGGCAAAGAGCCGGAAAGAAGUGUACCGGACGCUUCGUGAAUGGAAACAAUAUGGCAUGGAGAACAUCCACCUUGACAAGGCGGGGAACAUUAUUUAUGGUAGAGUCUCUGAAACAAACUUGAUUAAUCUUCGGCCCGUUGACUUUUCAGUCGAGUUCUUCACUGUGUUGGAACACGGCCGUCGCGCCAACCUCAGCGUGGUCCGUUUCCGACAGGAGCGUGGCGCGGCAUCUUCUUUCCACAAGGUGGUUGACACGUUGGAGAUGGUUAUGAAAGGGCGUGGCCUGACCGUAGAAGACCCAGCGCGCUCGAUGAAGAUGCUCAAAGUUCUGGACACCGUGCCUUGA